UCGAGUUCCACACGCAUUUUACUUCUCAUGUAGGCGACGACACUUGUAAUAUCACAUUUUUAUUUAUUAUUAGCUCCGAAAGAACGUAUAACUGUAUAGAUUGUACAAUAUAAUCACAACACUAAGGAAAAUUCCAAACAAUUCCACAAUACGGCUGGUUAUCUUAAAAUUAAGACAAACAGCUUGAGCUUCUGUUUGGUCAUCAUUUUUUUUUUUUUGUCAAUUUGUUCACGACGAAGUGAGUAAAAGCCUUAUUUGAGUAAAUGUAAACAGUGACUUUCGUUUAAGCACGACACCUGCUACUGCUUCGUUAUAUCAUCAUGGAUGUAACCAGCCAGGGAGUCGUGUGGUAGCAGCCGAAGAAGUUAGUUUCGGGAUCAGACAGGUGUUGUUCAACAUCACAACAGCCGGAAUGCAGUCAAUCUUGGAAAUUAAAGGCCUGAAAGCGGGAUACAGCUGUGGGUACUGCGGCAGGUCCUGGAGCAAAGUGUCCUACGGGAUGUGGUCCCAUACCAUGACAGUGCAGGACUACCAGGACCUCAUAGAUCGAGGCUGGAGAAGAAGUGGGAAGUAUGUGUACAAGCCUAUAAUGAAUAAAACCUGCUGUCCACAGUACACUAUCAGGUGCCAUGCGUUACGUUUUCAGCCAUCAAAAACGCACAAGAAGAUUCUGAAGAAAAUGAACAAAUUCUUAUCCAAGGGAGAGAUGCCUGCAGGACAGUGUGAUGGAGAGCCAAUGGACUUGCAUUGUGGGGAUGGAGCACCCCGUGAUGGACCCAAAGCUCACAGCUUUGAAGUAGAGAGGCCUGUUUUCACUGAGACUUCAGUCCAGGAGGCAGCACCCAAAGCAGCAAAGUCAGAAACACCCUUACAGGAGCCAGCACCCUCCCCCUCUGUACGGGGUCCAACUGCCACACCUAAACCAGGUGUGGGUGCGGACCCCAACCGUCCUCAGUGUCGCAAGGCCAAAGAAUUGCGGAAAGAGCGACGACUACAGAAGGAGCAGCUGAAGAAGCAGGAGGGAGGAGCCCCCUCUGGCCCCACCCCAACCACAGCUCUGUCACCACAGGCCAAAACUUUGGAAGAAUUUGUCGUUGAGUCCCUCCCUGACAAUGCCAUCCACAAUCUGGAGGUGAGGCUAGUGCCUGUGAACUUUGAGGACCCUGAAUUCAUGGCAUCCUUUGACGAGUCUGCUGCAUUGUUUGCACGGUACCAGAUGGCCAUCCACGGUGACACCCCUUCCGAGUGUUCUGAGAGUGAGUUCAGAAGAUUUCUCUGCGAUUCGCCACUAGAGGCAGAAACGGCUCCUGAUGGACCAGACUGUGGCUACGGCUCCUUCCACCAGCAGUACUGGUUGGAUGGACACAUCGUUGCAGUGGGGGUGAUUGACAUUCUGCCCAACUGUGUGUCCUCAGUUUAUCUGUACUACCACCCAGACUUUGCUCGCCUCUCGCUGGGGUCCUACUCCGCACUCAGGGAGAUUGCCUUCACGAGGCAGCUGCAGAAGCAGUCCACCAAGCUCUGCUUCUACUAUCUGGGCUUUUACAUCCACUCAUGCCCCAAGAUGCGCUAUAAGGGACAGUACCAGCCUUCUGACCUUUUGUGCCCAGAGACGUAUACAUGGGUUCCCCUUGAGCACUGCCUGCCGAAGCUAGAGAACAGCCCAUACGCCCGCCUCAACCAGGACCCCAAUGCAGGUGAGGUGAAUGUUCUGAAGAACUUGGGCCAGGUUCUGGUGCUGCACCGGCGCAGCGUUAUGCCCUACGCCAUCUACGCCCGUAAGCGCAAGGGCUCCGGCGACGAGCAGGAGGUGCAGCAGUACGCCGGGCUCGUGGGCCAGUCCUGCGCAGAGAGGAUGCUUCUGUACCGCGCAUGAACUAAAGAGGAGAGCUGCUGUGACCUCCAUGCCUAUCUGUGUAAUGUUUGUAAUUACAGUUUUGCUUAUUUCACUGUGUGUUUCAUGUCUGUCAGCAUGUCAUGCUCACGGCAUUGUACUGUUUUAGCUUGUUGGGAUGUAAACAAAUGUUUUAAACCACUGUGUAGCUCAUCAUAUGUGCUUGCAAGCAUCUUUUGUUCAACUUUUUUUUUUUUUAAUUAUUUAGCAAGCAUACCAGGGUUGACCUUUGUAGUCCUGGGCCAUUUAUUUAACUUUUUACUCCAAAUAGCACUCUGCUAGAAAUGCAGUUUACAUUGCAGUUCUUUUUCCUUAUGCACUGAUUCCAGUUGAUGAAUUGGGUUUCAAUAUUAUAGCAAAAAAUCCCCUAAACCUACUUCUGUUAAUAUGGGUUUUCAGCUGAUCUCUCACUUCCAGCUCUCUUAUCAUUGGUCACCAAACAGUGCAUAAUAAUGAAUAAUUUCAUACCUAAUUUGAGUACUGAUCGAGGAUCAGUAUUUCCCAUGCAAGUGAGUGAGCAAAUAACAGGUCUCUGGCCAGGAGAUGCCCAACAAGGCAGCGGGGGCCGCUUUCUUGCAGAAAGCACUCAUGUUGUAACGGGUCACCAUGCUGCAGCUUGUCCAAACUGGUGCUAUGCCACAAAAUGCCCAAGACAUCGUAGGUGGGCAGUUGCUCAUUUAACUGUACACAGGAUCUUAUCUGAGGCCACUGUUUUUAAAGCAGAAACACAGUGGGACAAUCCCAUCAGGCUGGAACAAGGCGGGUCGGUGGGCGGUUCUAUGUAAUUGCCGUCUUGGAAUUAAUGUGUCCUUGCAAAAGUUAAUGAGCUACAAAGGGCCACUGGGGAAAGCAGGAAAGGAGUGUAGGAGCCAGUGGAUGUCUUGCUAUAGCUUAACAACACUGAUCUGUGGUCUGUGUGUCAAGUGUGAAGGGAGCACCGACUGAUGUGGGCGCUGCUCUUCGUCGAUUCCGGAUCAGAGACCUCGAUUGCUGUGUUCGGUGAGCAGCGUAGAUAUUUCUGACAAGCUGCCCUCAACUCUGCUGCUGCGGCCAAGGCCAUCCAGGGCUUUGGUUAAGGAGGAGGAGGGUGUCUCUGACUCAGUCCGUUGCUAUGAAAUGAAACGAACCCUAAUUUAUAUUGCUUUGAACAAACUAGGCUUUGUUUUUCUCUCUUUGAAAUAUGUAGCUACAUUGGAUCUUAUUUUGCCUCUUUUAUUAUUUCUCUUCCUACAAAAAAAUAAAUGUGAAAUUUUGCUUUGAAACA